CGUGCUAUACAUAUUUAUAUGGCAUACUUUUUACAAUACUGUUCAAUGAAUUCUCUGAGAACAACUGCGCAUGUCCGUCGCCAGCAGUCUAAAGGUUUCUGAUUUUACUCUUCAGCUGAGUUAAUUCAUGCCAGUGAAUAUUUGGAACCUGUAUAAAGUAGACAGGGACAAUUUUAUUCAAAUACAAAAACAAUAACCCAAAACUUUGGAGUGACAUUUUGAAUAAUACGUUAUUGAAAACGAAUUUGAUUAUUAUUCAUUGGUUCUCAACAUCAUUGCGAAUGGAUAAUGAGUAACGGUAAAUUGCUGAGUUGCCAGAGUGACCAUGCUAACUUCACCGAAUGCGAUUUUAUUAAUGGUCCCUAAUAUAUUGGGAUGCUAUAUUUUUCCGAAUGACGUGACGAAUCCGUGUCGAGGCGUGAUCUGCGGCCCAGGAGAGCUGUGUCGCCCUACUGCAGACGGAAAGAGUUACAGUUGUGAAUGUCCAACAUCUUGUCCAAGUUACGGGGAUCAUGAAGGUUCACGCCCCUUAUGCGCUAGCGACGCUAAAGAUUAUCCCGGAACAUGUGAAAUGCGAAGAGCUGCUUGCGAGAGCAACACAAACAUAACUUUUAAAUAUCAUGGCAAAUGUGACCCCUGCGCCGGCGUAUCCUGUCCAGAUCCAGAAGUUUGCCAAUUGGAUGACCAACGCCAACCUUCCUGUCGCUGCGCAGAACCUUGUCCUUUAGAAUUCUCCCCUGUAUGUGCGUCUGAUGGAAAGACUUAUUCGAACGAGUGUCAAAUGCAUAGAGAGUCCUGUCGAGCCAGAAAACAAUUAAAGAUUAUUUUUAAAGGACAAUGUAUUUCAGGUGUAAACCCAUGUGCGGAGGUGGAGUGUCGUCACGGCGCUGAAUGUCGUGUGGAGGGUAGUGGUGCGGUCUGCGCUUGUCCGCCCCCCUGUGAACAAGUGCUGCGACCUGUCUGCGGUUCUGAUGCGAGGACCCAUGACAGCGAAUGUGAACUUCGACGUGCUGGCUGUUUGUUAGGAAGAGAGUUGAAGGUCGUUCACGCUGGAGCCUGCGGUUCCAACGGUGUUUGUGCUGGGCGGGUAUGCCCUCACGGUGGUGAAUGUGUUUCCUCAGGAGGUCGAGGCGUUUGUCGAUGUCCAAAAUGUUCUAAUGAAUUUGCUCCCGUGUGUGGUUCUGAUGGUAUUUCCUACGGCAACAGAUGCAAGCUGCAGUUAGAAUCCUGUAGACAUCGUCGUCACGUUCAAGUUUUGUACGAUGGACCUUGCAAUGGAUGUGAAAAUAAAAAGUGUGAAUAUUAUGCCGUUUGCGAGAGUGAUGGUGUUUCUGAAGCUAGCUGCGUUUGUCCAAAACAUUGUGAAGAAGGAACUGAAACUGAAGAAGUUUGCGGUAAUGACAACAAAACUUAUAGCAGCGUUUGUGCUCUUCGUAACAUAGCCUGCCGCGAAAAGAGGAGACUCCACGUUAAACAUAUGGGUUCUUGUGAAUCUUGCGGCAAUGUCGAAUGUCCGCUAGGUAUGUGGUGUUCUCGAGGCAAAUGUGCUUGUGCAAGUUGUGCUGAUGUUCCUCGAGAGACCGUUUGUUCUGACACGAGGCGAACGUUCCCCAACGAGUGUUCAUUGCAUAAAGCUGCGUGCGAGGCGCGAGCCCGCGGGGAACCUCCUCCGCAGGUUGCUUACUAUGGAGACUGUACUGAUGCUAAUAAAGAUAAUAGUUCAGGGGUUAAUGUAUCAGAGAAAAUGGAACAGAGUAAUGAGAUACGGAAUGGUGUGGAGGUCGACAGUACCAGUGAACCAUCUGUUGGAACAGCCGUUUGUGCUAGAGUGCAAUGCGCCUACGAGGCAACCUGCGCUGUGGACGGUAACGGCCAGCCUCGUUGUGCAUGUCUGUUUGACUGCGCUGCGGCGGCAGCUUCUUCCUCAGCGCCCGUCUGCGCCUCCGACUUACGCAUGUACCCCACGCUGUGUCAUAUGAAACUGGAGUCUUGUCGCCGUCAAGAGGACCUACGACUGAGGCCAUUAGCAUUGUGUAGGGGUCUCGAGUUCAGGCCAUGUGGUGAUGAUGAAACCGUAACAGAUUCGGAAGGUCUUCCAGUUGAUUGUGGCGGUGGACCUCAUCGUAAGGACUGUCCGACGGAUAGCUACUGCCAUCAUACUGCUAAGGCUGCAAGAUGUUGUAGGAAAGACAAAGCUGUCGCAGAGAAGAAAGACUGUCAAGAAUCUUGGUACGGCUGUUGUGCGGACGGGGUGACGUCAGCACGUGGUCCUGGGGGGGCGGGAUGUCCCUCACAAUGCGGUUGUCACAGGCUGGGUUCUGUGUCCGAGAUGUGUGAUGAGAGCGGCCAGUGUCAAUGUAGACCUGGUGUGGGAGGGCACAAAUGUGACAGAUGCGAACCAGGCUAUUGGGGCUUACCCCGGAUCGGUACUGGACAUACUGGCUGUAUACCAUGUGGGUGUUCGGCCUUCGGAUCAGUUCGUGAGGACUGCGAACAGAUGACCGGGCGGUGUGUUUGCAAACCGGGCAUUCAGGGGCAGAAGUGUACUGUUUGUUCCAACCAUGAACAUACUCUAGGACCUAACGGCUGCUUUGACCCGGAAUCCACCCAACUACCAGCUACCGACUGUGAACGUAUGACAUGUUAUUUCGGAGCCUACUGCGCUAUACGUAGCGGUCUUGCUACUUGUGAAUGUAAUGCUCAGGAAUGUUUUACAACCGAGGGCCCGUCUGUUUGCGGUAGUGACGGACGGACAUAUCUAUCAGCUUGUCAUGCGAGGGCGCACGCUUGUCGGACACAAUCGGACAUAGUUGUACAGGCGUUUGGUCCCUGUGCUGAAGAUACGCCGUCUGUGAAGCGAGGUAGUCGCUCUACGGAUUUACGCUUGAACCUGUCACGUAAAAUCCGAAAAGACAACAUGAAUACGGAACGUACAUUACAGAACAAUGUCAUUUUCACUGAUGCCUCAGUAGAUACGAGCGAUAGUGGCAAACCCGACAGUCCUGAACCUGAAAUAUCAUGCAUCGAUAUAUUACCUCCAGUUGAUUAUCGCUAGAUAUAAGCUAGUUUUGUAGUGCGCACAACUCUAGUAGUACUUUAUAUUAAUCAAAUAUACUCUUUAUCUGUGUGUUCGUUGAUUCACAGAGGAAAUAAAUUCAUCUAUUAUUUCGAAAGAAAAUGCCGAAGAAGGUUAUUGUAACAAAAACCCAUCUCAAAUAGAUACCGAUAUUGAAGUUACAGAAUCGGAGGAAGAGCAAUACAUAACAAAUGAGGUUGAAGAAAAUUAUCCAAUAUACGAAGAAUACAUCGAGGAAAACGAAAACGAAAUAUACUCAUCGCCAUUGUUCGACGGGCAUGCUCGGAUGACAGCUCGCACAAGAUUGCCCGCUAAACGAUUCGAUAUUUGGGCCGAAGUAUCGGCGGUGUGCGGUAAAGGCGCUUUAAUAAGUGCCUCAGGUGUGCGAGAUUAUUUAUGGCUCGGGUUCGUAAAAGACAGAGCUGUAUUGCGUUGGGACGCUGGCAAUGGCCCUUUAGAGUUACGAUCUGGUAAAAUAAGAGUUGAUACUAAGUCUAAAAUAUCGGCGCGGCGAUAUAAGAAGGACGCCAUGUUGAAACUUGAAUCUUAUACAGUUAGGGGUACGACACAUGGACGCAUGAGUUCAUUAGACGUUGAUCCUUAUAUUUAUAUUGGCCAUCCGCCGGAUAACGUUACAAAGUUAUCUGGUGUACACACAAUGAACGGUUUUGUGGGAUGUGUACAUCGCUUGCGUGUGAGCGGACGUGACGUCAUCCCCCCAUCCCGAGGCCUAAAUAUUGUGGCUCAUGGUCUGCGACCAUGCACUCCUUACAAUCUAGCCAAGGUCGUGUGUCCUUAGAUAUAAUCAAUAUUUCUUUAGGACCUUCAUUUUAGUCAAAAUAAAUUAUGGAAAACUAUUCUAAAUUUUCUCCUGAUUCUCCUUGCAAAUUUUUAUCCUAACAGUUGGAGAUGAACAAUAUUUAUGUAGUUAUUAUGUUCUUCUGGAAUUUUCUCUUCAUAAUAUUUCGAAGAGACGCAUGAUUAAAGAACCUUUGAUAUACGUCGUUUUAAACAUUCUAAAUCAAUGUUUAAAACGACGUAUGUCAAAGUUUCAUAAUGUCUUUAUGUCUAUCAUGUAUUAAGAGCAAUUUAAAUGAAUAAUAAGAAUUCCAUGAGAGUUAAAUAACUUUAAGAAACAUGAUGAGGUAACUUUUGAUAGGGAUUCGUUAAUAUCGAUCUAUGUUAUACGAAGACUUAUCUAAAUAUUUUAAAGCCUAACUAAUACUUAUUGUUAUGAAAUUAUUAAUUAUAUGUAAAAACUCGAUUGUGAUAUUGCUCAGUUUUCAAUUGUUAUUGUGAAUCUUCGCAUAUCCCUAAUUCUAAUUGAUCAAAUUAUUAUCUAAUACUAUCAAAGUCUGUACUUUUGUAAAUAUAUUUUCAAUUAAAUUAUUAAAUAUU